CAUGCCUUCACAGUAGGUGCUGAGCACUUCGUCCAAAAACUUAUCCUCAAUUAAUUUUUAAUUAAAAAAUAGCAACAGUACUGUACAAUGCAGGCAAUAUUUAGUUUCGUGCUAUUUGGUAUUUUCUGUACCACCCUUGGAGAAGAAAGUUAUUUACCUCCAUAUAUUAAAACAUGUCACAUAGAUGACGUAGAGAUAUCGAAAUGCAUUAAAGAACAAAUAGAAGCCAGUCUCCCCUACUUCACUAAAGGUGUGCCAGAGUUGAACGUGCCCUCGAUAGACCCUGUGCAGUUGAACGAUAUCAAAAUUGAUGGGAAUGGACUCCUUUUAAAGUUUACUGAUGCCGCAAUGCACGGGCUUAGCGAAAGUAAGCUUACGGACUUAAAAGUCAACGUGGGUGUUACCGACCAGGAAUUCAGAUUAGUAUUUAAAGGAAAUCUGAGUUUAACAGCCAAGUAUGAAGUAGAUGGACGUAUCCUCAUUCUGCCGAUUCAAGGAAAUGGAGAUGCUUUAGUAUAUGCGCAGGGCGUGGAAGUUGAAAUCAACAGCAAACUAACACAAGUGGAUGACCCUAAGGGUGAAAAACACUUCAAACUGAUCACACCCACCUACAAAUAUACCAUAGAGAAAACAACUUUCGAUUUGAAAAAUUUAUUCAACGGUAACAAACAAUUAGCUGAAACAACUCUUCAGUUCGCUAAUGAAAACUGGCAACAAUUAAUGGACGAUCUGGCGCCACCCGCAAUAAAGCAAAUCGUACGAACCUGUGUGAAGGCCAUCAACAAAUUUUUCGCCAAUGUGACAAUUUCUAGAAUAAUUCGAGGAUAUAAGACCAGUUAACAAAAUUCAUUGUGAUAUUAACAUAUAAUACUAUAUAAUUUUAUUGUUCCCUAGUUGUAUAUCACGGCGCUGCCUGCCUGAAUACAGCCAUGUUACUCGUUGAUAGUAUCUAUUGAUGAUUUUCUUUUAAGUGGUAAAGUAUUAAUUCAGUAUAUCUAUACAUACAAAGAUAUCUAUAUAUACAAACAAAGAAACAUACAAAAAACUUUCCACUUUAUGAAAUUAGUAUAGAAUAUUAAUCCUAAUAGUGUAAUAAAUGUGAUUUAGUUUAGAUUGAUAGAUUCAUCAAUGUAAACACACCAAAAUCGUUCGUUACUUUGAAUUUAUAAUUUUAUUAUUAUUGCGCUUAUUGUACAUACUCGUACAUAUAAAGAAGAUAUAUAAUUAAUUAUUAUGAUUAUACUCAACCUAUCUUGAUAAUCGUAGUGACAACUGAUUUAUCCUAAUAUUCACCAUCAUUGUUAUUAUAUAAGGAUUUACAUACUUGUAGUUGUUGAAGCUUUUCCUUUUUUAAUCAUACAUAAAACAGAGUUAAAUUGUUUGUCUAUUUAUAUGGUCUCUGGCCGUAAUUAAAAGCUGCUGAUAUUUUCUACGUAAGAAAGUAAAAUAAGCGACUAUUGUGCGCUCCAUUACCCGAAGGUUAUGGUAAACUGUUUGUUUUCUUCUAAGACAUCAAUAAAUUAGAUAAACUCAUUAAUCAAUGUUAAUUUAUAUUUAUAAAAACAUGUUA